AUGGCAAGCAAAGUUGAAAGCGAUGGCAUUUGUGGAAUGGUAGCGAAGACGUGGUUGAGGUUCACAAAACUUCCACCACCAACACCACCCGCCCUCCCCAAUGAAAUCAUCUAUGACAUUCUCUUGCUACUACCCGUCAAGUCUCUAGCUCGAUGCAGGUGUGUUUGCAGAGAAUGGAACAACUUGCUAACCGGUUCAGACUUCAUCAAAAAGCACUUGGACUAUGGUCACCAUAGGCUCAUUGUGUCAUUCUCCAAGUCUCAUAUGUCUAUAGACCUGGAAGAAGCAAGCAAUUUUGUUGUGACUAACCAUGAAUUCCCAUGGAAGGAACAUGUUCAUGAGAUCGUGGGCUCUUGUAAUGGCUUGUUGUGUAUCGGUCUUGGUCAUCACCACUUUCUAUGGAACCCUUCAACCAGAAAAUAUAAGCAACUACCACCACAUUCAAGUUGUUUCAGUAAGUAUAAUACUAUCUUUUAUGGAUUUGGGUAUGACAUGUCCAUUGACGGAUGCUAUAACUAUAAGGUGGUUAGAGGUGAAAGAUAUAUCAAUAUUGGGUAUGACAUGAGAAGAUCAAAAGUUGAGAUCUAUACAGGAAAAACAGAUUCCUGGAAAAGAAUUCAAGACAUCCCUUGCAAUAUUAAUGUAUUCCAAGAAAGGGGGGUGUUUGUAAAUGGAUUGUUGCAUUGGUUAGCUGAUUGCGGGAGCGGUAAGAUCAUUGCUUCUCUUAAUCUAGCAAAGGAGGAAUUUGGGGAGAUUAUGGUGCCGGAUUUCGAAAAACAGAGCUUACUAGUUGAGUUGGGGGUUUUGAAUGGAAUGCUUUGUGUGAUGUAUCAUAAUUUUAGGGCAUGGCAGUCCACAUGGGAUAUAUAUGCUAUGAAAGAAUAUGGUGUGCCAGAUUCUUGGAUUCAAUUGAUCACCACACCUAGUUUUUUCGGGACAAGAACCAUGCCAACCAUGCCCUUUGAGUGGACAGCAACUAUAAAUAUGCCCUUAUAUUUGAUGAAGAAUGGUGAACUUGUGUUGGAAACAACACAGAGCAAUAUAUUGAUGUAUAAUCCAAGAAGAGAGAGAUUAAAGAAGCUCAUAGACACCAAAUUUGAGAGUAAAUCAAUUAUUUAUGUGGAGAGUCUUGAAUCACCAUAA